CAAACAUGGCGGAGAGAGAAGCCCUGAAGAGGCAGAUUGAACUUUUACAAAAUCUCAUUAACACACAUAAGAGCAUCCAUGGAGACGCGCCGUCUACAGGAGCAGCACCGACGCAGCCGGAGACUUCAGCGGCUGUCAGAGGUCUCGGCUCAUCCGGCAGCCACCAAUACGGCCCCCGGGGAGGGCCGUACGCCCCCCAGACCCGGGGAAACUGGAGGAAGACGUACUCUCUGAGAAACAAGAGCCAGCAGGCCUCGUCUUUCACCUCGGUGUUGGUCCAUCAGGCUCCUUCUCAAAGUCGGAGCGACGGCAUCUCACUGCCCAGCCGGAGCAGAGGAACCCAGGCGGACGGGAACAGAACCAGCACUCUCUCCUCCGGGGUUCGUGCUCAGCCUGAGGUCACGGGGAUAAGGGGAGCAGAAGAACAGUUAACCUCAGAUACUCUCAGACGGCCAGAGCUAACCGGGACUCAGCAGGAAGAUGGAAAACGAAGUUCUGGCACGACGGGCGCUUGUUUGCCGCCUGAAGAGCCGCGUAAACGGGCUCAAGAAUCUCAGCAAGGAGCUGCGAGCAGACAUGCCGCUCUGCCGGAGAGAGGUUCCUCAGAGGUCCCCCCUUCAGUUCCCGCCGGCAGCUCAGCUUCUUCUCCGAGCAGCUGUCAACAGCAGAGCGAGCCUCCCCUGACCGGUAGAACCAGCACCAGCACCAGCACCAGCCAGACGGUUGCUGAUCCAUCAGCGUUUCCCAUCAUCAGCACCAAACCAGCACUCCCCGACCCGCCCGGUGCAGCUAAACAUCUCUCCUCAAGCGUCUCGUCCCACAGCCAGAGCAGAUUCACUGCCCCGGGGUUGAGGAAGUCCAAGUUCACCUGGAUCAAGAGUCAGAACCAGGGACGAGUGGAGCCCGAACAAGUGGGCUCAGCUCCUCCACCGCCGGACAAGGUGGAGGCCGCUGCAGCAUCGGUCUCCAAAGCGGUAGUCGCCCCAGGAAACCCGUCUUCAGCGGUGCUCCCUAAGAAAACUCCCCUGAAGAAGUUCCCUCGGAAGUGCAGCCCGGUCAGCGUCGCCCCCAAGACCUCAAAGUACAAGUGGGUCAGCUCGGCCGGACCCGGGGCCCGGACGUCCCGCCGGCCUUCGUCUCCCAAAGCCUGGGCUCUUCCUCAGAGGAGCUCGGAGCGAGGAGAUUCCACCCGGAAACCCAAGCCGGCCUCCGCUCCCUCAGCCAGGCUCAGAAAGGGAGGCCCGGGUUCUGCCCCCGGCUCCUCGCUCUGCAGCCGGUACCGCUGGAAGGCUGCAGGACAGAGCACGGCGGCGACAGCGGCCGGAGCCCCGACCUCGACUCCCCGGAGAUCUGCCUUCCACUGGGCCGCCGAGCGGAGCAGCAAGGGAACGUCACCCUCCUCCUCCUCGCCCGGAGGCUUCAAGCUCCGCAGCAGGAUGAAGAUCAUCAGGAGGACGGCGAGCAGCGGGGGAGGGGCAGAGAAGGGGUCCGGCCCGCCGGCCGUCAGGUUCUCCCCACGGAGCCGAACCCACGCCGUGACCAGGAGCCACGCCGGGGUUAGAAGGACGCCCCCCAAAGAACUGGUGUCGUUCGGGAAACACAAGCUGAGGCGGCUGUCACCCGCGCUGUCCAGAACCAGCUCCGCCCCCUCCGCCUGCUCCUCCCACCGAAGCCCCGCCUCCCUGCGGGUCUACAGGACCCGGUACAAGAUGGUGACCCGGCCCGGCGCCGGUGUGACGCACGCGGCCCACUACAACCCCGCGCUCACCUGGAGGGCCAAGAGGAUCCAGUCUGCCAGGAGCUUCCUGCAGAGCCGCCUGCGAGCGCCCCACGAGAGACACCCCCCGCCCUCGUCCCGGCGCUGGACGGGGAGCAGCAUGACCUGGAUCGGCGGGUCCCUGUACCGGGUUUCUGCCAAUAAGCUGUCCCGCACCGCCACAGCCAGCAUGUCCAUCAACCGGACAGGAAGAUACUCCAGCGGUCACGUGACCCCGCCCUCGGCCCGGCCCUCCAACACCCGCCACCUGGCCAGCCGGGCCGUCCAGCGCAGCAUCGCCAUCAUGAGACUGGCCCGCCAGAAGAAGCCGCAGAAGCAGUACUGCAUGUACUACAACCGCUUCGGCCGCUGCAACCGAGGAACGAGCUGCCCCUUCAUCCACGACCCGGACAAGGUGGCCGUCUGCACCAGGUUUCUGAGAGGAACGUGUAAGCAGGCGGAAGGCGUUUGCCCGUUCUCCCAUAAAGUUGCCAAAGAAAAGAUGCCGGUCUGUUCCUACUUCCUGAAGGGAAUCUGCAACAACAGCGACUGUCCCUACAGUCACGUCUACGUGUCCCGCAAAGCCGAAGUGUGUGAGGACUUUGUGAGGGGCUACUGUCCGGAGGGGGAGAAGUGUAAGAAGAAACACACCCUGGUGUGUCCGGACUUCUCCCGGACCGGCUCCUGCCCCCGCGGUUCCCGCUGCAAGCUGCAACACCGGCAGCGAGCCGCCCGGAGCGCCAGCGGCGCCGCCGCCCCGGCCAAGAGAACCCGCAGCAGGGAGCCGCCCAAGAGGCCUCGGCUGUCGGUCGUCAUCCCCCCGGACGCGGCUCCGCAGACGCCGCCCGCUGGGCCGCUGUCGCUGCCGUCCUUCAUCUCCCUGUCCAGCUCUCCGGAGGAGGCGGACGCUCCGGACGCUCAGCCCGCCGACGCCACGCAAGUCAAAGAGAAAAAGCUGCAGAUCAGGCCUCGGCUGUGAACCUGCAGGUGGACGGUUCUGGUUCUGAACCCGCGUGACGUCGGAGCCGGAGGUUCGUAGAGCGGCGGCGCCCGUGUCGGGUCUGACGUGCCGUUUUUAACGCACUAACGUGUUUACCAACGUGUUUACCACAUGUGUUUCUUCCUCAGGUUUUUGUAAACUGUAAAUAAAGAAUAAA